CACAGGUCUACCGGGCACAUCCGUCGCGAUCAGCCCGGGGCGAGAACAAACUCCCCCUCCCUCCAAAAUGUAACUCCCGGCACGAUUGGCUCGACGCGAGGGGCACUAGGAAAAAUUAAAGGCAUAGUCCCCCUCGAGACGACGGCACCGCUUUGUCUUCUGCGAUCCUUUCGUCGUCGUCGUCAUCGUCGUCUUUUGUUCUCACCCUGUCCUUUCCACCUUCUCCAGCUCGUUUCCCGCCCGACCCUUUGCAACGGUCCAGACGCCUUUCGCGGUGCGGGCGAAUGGGACUAUGACUUUGGACACGGCGCUGACGGACAGUAUUCCGGUUGGAAUCGGCUUCCCGGUAGCACCAAUCGCCUAGGUUGCGCGUAUCAGGACCGCUUCGUGCGCCUGAGGCGGAGGCAGACUUUGACAGUCGAGGAACGGCGUCAGUGAGCACAGCGACUCGCGGAGUCGCUCGCUUCAGGUUACAUCCUUCCGUCGCCCGUCGACUUUGACCCAGUACAUAAAAGAAUCCCGUCCACGUAACUCGACCAGGCCUUUUUCCUGCUCGCAGCCGACGAAGGCGUGCACGUCUUCAAAGCAACAACACAAAACCAGCCUUCGGAGGACCCGCCAUUUCACCUUCUGUCCCUUCGUUGGCAGGGACCUUGGCUGCUCGCUUCGCAAUGCAUCUACCUUCGCUCCUCACUUUGGUCCUCGCUGCCACCGGCGUCGCGGGCCAGUGGCGCAUGAAGCGUGGCCAGGCCGCCUCGGGGCUCGUCCACCGUGUCGGCAAGCCCAGGUCAUUGGACUCUCAUCUCAUCAUGGCUCAUCAGGCGUUGGCCAAAAGCCCGCGCGCCAAUGCCGUCGUGGCCUUCUACGAGGGCCCGCUGUGCCAGGGCGUGCCCGUCUACCUUCAUGCCCGGAACCUCACCUGCUAUGGCCCCGUUCGCGACGACGUCACAUUCACGCUGCUGGCCGCCGACCCGGACUGUCAAGUCAUGAUUCGCCGUCAUCCUUGUGGGGUUGACCGCGAUGCUACGAUCAUGGACACCGACGGCUCUUGCUACGCUGGAAGCUCCGAUCCAAAAGGUUUGGAUGUCUGGGUCCAGUGCGGAGUGCCGUCCGCUAUACAGGCCCCUCCUCCAGCACCGAAGAGUACGUCCACUUAUUCCUUCUCGAAUGAUGGCUUCAUGGGACCAAAGAUCUCAUCUUAUGGUGGAUGAGAGACUCUCGUGUUUUGACGUCUCACAAGACGAUGUUCGAACACACGCUUUGGGAGGGUUGCAGGCAGCAUAUUGUGGACCACGUGAAUCGACCAUUUACACAAUGACAACAGUACCAAACACACAGGACGAUCAAUGUCUGGUAGCGGAUGGCUGGACCUGCCCAGCUUUUAGCGAUAGCAUAAAAUGACGUACUGCUACUAAGCUUCGUGGACGAAGUG